UGUGCUGUGAUCUUUGCUGCGUGUUUUGCAGGUUAUGUUUUAUUAAAAUUAAAUUAUUAACCAUGGAAAUUGUAAAUGAAAUUCUUGAAAGGGAGCAAAAGAAGGCAGAAAAAUAUAAGCCAAUUACUGUCGAAAAACAUUUAGAGUUAGACUUAGACAUUGGCACCCUUCUUGCUUCGGAUACAAAUGACUUGGAUUCAAAAAAUAUAAAGUCAGACAAAAGCAGAGAUGAAUAUUUACAAUCACUGGCACGUGACAAUACCCAGCUAUUACUCAAUAAAGUCUGGGAGCUGCCCACAGAGAGGAUAGAUGAAGCUAUAGUUGUAAGAUUACCAGAACCCAAAACGGUGCUGCCUCGGUCCAAACCUGUACCAAUUCCAAAACCACUCACAAAAUGGCAAGAAUUUGCUAAAGCGAAGGGCAUAACGAAGAAAAAGAAGGACAAAUUAGAAUGGGAUGAACAGUUGCAAAAAUGGGUGCCAUUAUAUGGGUUCAAGAAAGCUGCUGCUGAGAAACAAAAGGACUGGUUGAUUGAAGUGCCACAAAAUGUUGAUCCCAUGACUGAUAUGUAUGAAAAGAAGGCGUCUGAGAAAUCAGAAAAAGUUGCUAAAAAUGAACUACAAAGGCUUAAGAACAUAGCAAGAGCAAAGAAGGUUAAGAUACCACGAGUGGGGCUGCCUGUCACAUCUGAUAAAGCUUCUGCUACUCAGCUUUCUACAGCAGCGUCUGUAGCAAAGGCGUCUACAGCGUCGCUUGGCAAAUUCCAAGAUAAACUACCAAAGGAAAAGGAGGCAAGAGGCAAAGGUGUUCAUGAACUCAUCCCGGGCAAGGAGAGGAAACGUAAACUGCCUAUACCCACACCACAAGCUGAAAAAGAACAAAAUCUUAAUCUUAUAGACAAAAUUCUAAGUAAAAGACCCAAAAUAGACAUGGACAAAGCCGUAGCCAGACAUAUUAAUGAGGAACAAGUACAGAGGUCAGAAGAGAAGAAAUCAACGAAACCGAGCAAGGGUAAGGGGAAAGGUAAAGGAAAUGCCACUAACUUCUCUGCAAAGAAACCUAAGGGAGGUAAAGGACAGAGGAACCCUGGCAAAAAGAAUGCCGGACGGAAAAGGCGAUAGUUUCAAGUAAAUAAGCACAUCUUUAAUAUUAUACAAUAAACAAUACAGUUAUUA